GCCACGUGGCCCUUCUUGAUUUAUGCCUCCAUCGCGUCUAAGCACCGUAUUCGACCUUAGCAGUCUCCGGCUUCAUACAGAUGGUUCGCUCGUUCAACAGACCACGAAAAAUAACAACUUGCGUUCCUCGAAACGCACUGUACGGGAUACUCACGGUAAUUGGAUGGCUAAAGAUGCCGGAGGAUUAACUUUUGUGCCCAAGUACCGGAAAGUUUUACCUAUGCAACGGGAAGACGAAGGGAAAGGAAGUAUCACAGAAGACUAUCUGGAUAAUGCCGCGCCUAGAGUGGAUUUCUUUGCGCAACAGCCUACCUUGAAGACUUCUCGAGCCCGGAAACGGCGAAAAUUCGCAACCGACGAAGAGUAUCUCGCGCCAAUGUUGCCUCUGCGUGGUAGCUCUGCUCUCAAGAAUGACUCGGAGUCUAUAUUGCAGCCUCAACUGGCACAUCCUUCAUCAGACCUCUUAAAAUGCAUACAUUACUAUGCAAGUAUGUAUUAUGACGAACGAGGAUUGCUGUUAAAUGUCUCGCGGCAGUAUCGUAAAGAAAGAAAAGCGCGGAGACUUGCGAAACUGGCUCAGGAUGGAAGGACUGCUCGCACGAAAACGAGAUCGUCAUCAGAUACGGGUAAAUUUUCUGGUUUGGAGGAAGAUGCAAUCAUCGAUGAUGAGGAUGGCGACGAAGAAUCAGAAAGGGAUCAUCAGGAGGAACCUACGAAAGCUCCUGUGCGCAGAAAGGAUCAUGAUAUAGCCGACAUGUACAAGACGAUGGACGGUUCUGCUCUAAUAGCAAUAGGAAUGCUGCUGCAGGAACACAUUAACGAACUUUUACACCCACAAACAGUCUCCAGCGCAGAAUUAUAGGAACGAACAAUACACCUUCAUAUGAUCAUGAUAUGAGUGAUAAUUCGGGCUAUGACUUAUACAUGGUACAUACUUCCACACUUGAAUACAUGUAUUCCUGUUUCAUUCAAAUUGACGAAAAUCUUCCACUCAAUGAACAUCUGUUGGUAACUACAUGGAACUCAUCCCCUUAGAAGAUUCCCAAGAAGCCCCCGGCGACUUCGUUCUCAUUCAAGUAUCUCAAAAGCCUGACAUAUGAAGGGG